AGUAACACGUUAGCCAAUUUGUUAAGUUUUAAUUUGUUUUUUGUUCAAUUAUCAUUCAGUUUUUUCUCUUUAUUGUCGGUCUAAGUUUUUUACAUGAAAAGGCCGAGCUAGGUAUCAAAAUGACAGUGCCAAAGAUAAGUGGAAAUGAUAAUGAAGGAAAUAAAGCUAAGAAAACAAAGACUGUAUCUGAAAAUGCCAGAUUAGGUGUUAACCCUGCGCCGACUGAUGAUGACAUUGAGCUUUGGGAUCAAUCUGGGUUUAUGUUGAGACAAGACAUGGACGAUUACGUGACACAGUCAAAAUGCGGAACACAGGGUUGGUGCAGGCCAAGUUGCAUUCCAAUAACCGUGAUUCUGGUAUUAAUCGUUUUGGUUGUGCUUUUGCCUCUUCUCGACGCUGCUGACAAACACUCAUUAAAUUCAACAAUUAUUGGAAAUGACUCUAAAUUGAUUUGCAACGAUGAUUGCCACAUAUCGCUGGUGGAGUCGAUACCUAUCGGUCUCAACUACUCAAAUAGUUCCAUAAUCCAUCCAGGAACUUAUCAGACUUGGAAGGAAUUAAUUGAAUCUGCCCAGAGUACUAUUGAGAUCGGUUCCUUUUAUUGGACACUGAGAAGAGAGGACGUUUAUCCAGAUGCUAGUGCGAAAGAAGGAGAAGACAUAUUCCAAUUGCUUCUGGAAGCUGGAAGGGACCGAGGAGUGCAAUUAAAAAUUGCCCAGAACUUUCCUUCUCAGUCAAGUCCAAAUACUGACACCGAGUACUUGGCUAAGAAAGCUAAUGCUCAAGUUAGAAGUUUAAAUUUCGCAGCACUUAUUGGUGCUGGUAUUCUGCACACGAAACUCUGGAUCAUCGACAGAAAACACGUCUACGUCGGUUCUGCCAAUAUGGAUUGGCGAUCCCUCACUCAAGUCAAAGAACUCGGUUUCGUUGCUAGGAAUUGUUCGUGUGUGGCACACGACAUUUCUAAAAUUUUUGACGUUUACUGGUUGCUUGGCGAAAAGAAUCAAGUUCCAACUUCCUGGCCGGCAAAUCUCAGUACGAAGGUUAAUGUCAAAAAUCCUAUGACACUCAAAAUCGACAACAACAAAUACAGAAGCUUCUUUGCAAGUUCACCUCCUAAUUUUUCACCACCAGGCAGAACAAACGACGUGGAUGCGAUUCUGCAUUGUAUUGAUAAGGCAGAGAAAUUUAUUUACAUCUCUGUCAUGGAUUACAUCCCGAUGAUGAUCUACUCUCCAAAGCCCAAAUAUUGGCCAAUUAUUGAAAACGUCCUGAAAGCAGCAGCUAUCGAGCGGAAAGUAAACGUCAGAUUUUUGAUUUCGUGGUGGAAGCACUCAAAGUUGAGCGAAGAUUUCUUUUUGAAAUCAGUCGAGGAAUUGACGAACUCGUACAGAAAAGUGAAAAUCGAAGUUAGAAGAUUCAUUGUUCCGACAACUCCUGAUUUCGACAAGAUUCCUUUUUCGAGAGUUAACCACAACAAAUAUAUGGUUACGGACAUUGCUGCCUACAUUGGAACGAGCAAUUGGUCUGGCGACUAUUUUGUAAAUACUGGUGGAAUCGGUUCCGUUUUCGAGGAUUUUGAUCACAAAAAUAAAGACAGUAUCAGAGAACAAUUGGAAGAAGUCUUUCAUCGCGAUUGGAAUUCUCCUUACGCCCAUACUUGGAACGGAUCCUGUUGGAAUCUGCUGGGAGAGAAAAUUUUCAAUUCCAGAGGUUACUUGCAUCCUACCCACUCUCAUCAUGUACCUGCUUAGAAAUUUGGCCGCAGCUAUACACUGGAGAACAAACUAUUGGACCUAAGAAAAUAAAUUUCUUUAGUUUCUUUUUUUUUUUGUCACGGGAUUUUUACUCCUGCUUAGUAAAUGAAAAUUGGCACUUACUAAAAAAAUGGAAACUUUGCAAGAGACCGAAAAAGCAUUCUGUGAAAUCAAAAUCAAUAUUCAUAUAUGAAAAUAUGUUAUUAUUUUAAGACUGAAGUGAAUCAUUUUUGUUAAUAUCAUUAUUAAUAAGAGU